AUGAGCGAUGUUGAGUCAUUCAUAUUAUCUCAGAAUUCUCCUGGUAAUCGCACAGCUCGGGGAGAUAUCAUUCUCAUCUUAUCUCAUUAUACAUGCUUAUGCACUGUGAAGAACAGUUGCUGGUAUAUAUUCAUUCAGUUUUAUUUAUCAUCGUCUGUUAAUUCUGCAGAUGAAUUAGCUUCAGAGCAGCGACGUCGUUCGUUCAUUCAUAUUUCUCUUGCGCGCGUUCUAUUUUUGCGAAGUGGUGAAUGGACUUUAUAUGAUCGCGAAGCCUCAACUUCCAGCAGUGGCUUUUGUGGUGUAUUGGCGUGCGACUUUAGGCAAUUAUGUACGUUGAAUUCUCUUUGUUGAGUCUAUGCAGGCAGGAAUAGUACAAUAACACGAAUCUAUUCACUGCAUAGAGUGCACAUCUAAAUUUUAUAACUGUACAAUUGGUGAUAAAAAGAAAGCGGGUUUUAUCCCAUCGAAAUGACAGUUGAGCUGGUGACACCGAACUUGUUCACACUAACCUACAUUUAAGAAGAGCUGUCCUCGAAAGGCCUAUUUUAUUUUCAAGCCUUUCCCGUUUCUAGCAAGUGGAAACCCCAAGCCUUGGGCUUUAGACUGAACUUGUGAUGAUAAAGGCCAGACUUUCUGUGGAUUUCCGUCCGAAGGGACUGGACAGGACGAUGAUGGCGAAAUCAGUGAUUUUCUUGGUCAUUUUUACUGGAAUACUGACUCCGUUUGCGGAUGGACAACUUCUUCAACCAAACAAGGAGGUCAUUUGCAACUUUGUAUCCUGCGUGGGCUGGUGUGAAUGUACAGGAGCUGACAUCAACUUAACGCAAUUCUUAGACCCGUUCGCUUUGAAUGCCUGCUCACUUGGUGAUUUUAUAGAUUUCGGAACGUGUCCCAACGACCCAAACAAGGUGGUUAUCGCUCAGAAUCGGGAGGCUAACGUAAAGACUUGUCUUCAGACGAGACCGAACCCUCUGGUCUUCUUCAAGAACGAGACAAACGGUACAGACUACGCUCUCAGAGCUUGGGACGCCAGUCAACCAGACAGCUACGUGGUGCUCAGCGAGUUCUGUGCACCUCAGUGUAACCCGAUUUGCGGCAUAGCCUUACCGCCAACGCCAACGCCAUUUGUUCCAAUGACGACCCGAAUGACGACCGGUCGGCAGAUUGACGUAGUUAUUCCAAGAAAACCAGAACCAACAGGUUCAGGCCUCUCCCCCGCUGAUGCUCGAAUUUUGGGAAUUGCUGUGGGCACCUUUUUGGCCGGUCUCCUCAUCUGUCUCAUCGUCGUGUUCGUUUGUUAUUUUCGAAGGAAAAAUAACAAGAAUCGAGCUCCAAAACUUCCUCCCAGGCGCAACAUGCCCACUCAGAACCGGGAUUAUGCAACGAUCGAAGAAAUCCAAAUGACAUCAGCGAACAACAGUCCUGCCAGACGAGGUGGAGCCUAUCCAAACGGGUUGUAUCGAAGUGAGAGUCUGUCUGCAAUCAACUCAUUCAACCCAGAUCCAUCAAUCCAUCGGUCAGUAUCAGACAUCGAGCUCCUAGGCGACCCUCCCCAUCCACCAGUCCGGCAAAUGAGCCUUCUACCAGGGGUCAAUCCAGCUUUGGCCGAUUGUACAGAUGGUCCUGGUGCACCCCAAGAUGACUACGGAUAUACCAAGUACCUACCCGAGAGUGACCAGCAGGGGUUGCCUUACAUGCACCUUAAGGUAACGCCUUCCCUGUCAGAUCCUGAAGGUCAGCACCAGGCUUCGAAACCCCACCGGUACAGGAGCAACACAGCCGAUACGCAUGCUAACAGCGCAGAUGUAGGAAGGGCUAUUGAUAGGAUCCGGGCUCGCCAGGCGUUGAAAGAUGGAGGCAACAGGAGGUUUGUACCAAACCAGACAGGAAGGGGUCGAAGCACUACGCUAGGGGAAGAUUACAAUCGCUUGAACAGGAAUGGACAUAAAGGUGUUCCUCGCUCGAAGAAGAACGAUUCCGCUGCAUUCACACCCGUUCCUGUACAUGGACAGUACCAGUCCAGACCAAGAAGGUCUCCUGAGAGUGUUCGCAGGUGGAGGUCUCUACCGGAUAUGACAGAUGGAGGGCAGGCCCCACCUACCAUGCAAGCUGAUAGUGUUGACGAAAACGCUCCAGUUUAUCAACUCCUCGAAAGGAGUCCAGCCAGCUCAAUUGGAGACUAUAGCAAAAGGAAAACUUAUCAGCUACCCUAUGGACGUGACGAAACGGACCUUCCAGAGUCAAAAGCGCGAGAUAGCCGAGGAAGUGGACGUACCGCAUCCGAGUCAGGUCCAUCUUCAUACGGCUCGCAAUCUCAGGGUAGUACAAUGGAUGAUCGAUACGACCCUGUUUAUGAAUCUCGCUUGACAAAUAACACAAAAGCUCCACAGUCUCCGGACGAAUACCAACCCCUUUCGCAGUCUCGUCCGGUGUACCUAGAGUUCGACGAUCAUCCAGCCGCAGAUGAGGCGGCGUUAGAUAGCGAUUCGUAUCUUAAACCAAACAAAUCGCACAGAUCACCAAAGGAGAAUUGUAAACUAAAUGGCGGCAGGAGUGGGAUACAUGCACCUAACGCACCAAGUAACGGCCAUCUACGCGAUAGCAUGCAGGAUACGGCAUACAUCUACGGGGGUGAUAACAACAACCUCUCAUUGAAGAAACAACCAUCAAAGUCUGUCGGAGGAAACACAUACGCUGCUCUAAAACUGAGACAGACCGAGGACGGUUAUGAUAACCCGAACGAUGAAGAUGAAAUGGAAAAUGGAGAAUACAUGUACCAUCCGGCUGGUCCUGAUGUCAUGGUUUAAAGCUAUCCAGAUCAUGCAUAAUUAUGAUCUACCAUAAAGUAUUUAUGAAUAUUUAUUUAUUGUUUAGGAAGAAUGUUUUUAUUACCUUGGGCGCUUUGUUAAGUAAAUGCAAUCGACGAAACGCUACGAGGGAUACGUUAAGUAUUCCAAAGAACUAUUUGUUAUUGACUUCAUAAUUAUGUAACCUGAAGAAAAUGGGAACUUAUAAUUUAAGAAGAGAUGAUGUUGGCUAAACGGUGGUACGAUGUAUUCUUCAAUUGAUUUGUGCACGUUUUUUUUCCUUGCGAUACUUCUUCUUCUUCUUCUUCUUCUUCUUCUUCUUCUUCUUCUUCUUCUCUGUUUUUGUCUUCGUGCGCAUUUUGAAUAAUUUCGUUAUUAUGGGCUUUAUUUUUUUCCUCCAAAGCUUUGUCAUGUUGUAAAUCAAAAUGUGCCUCCCAUAAUUUCUUUCAUUUAUGAUAUAUUAUUAGUCAGGAUUAUAUCUUUCAUGAUAAAAUCCUCUUAAAAGUGCAUGAAUAUAUUCAAUUUUAGUGUUCGACAAUGCAUUACAGCUGUAUAUAUAGCAAACACAUUUUAUAUAUCAUAGAGGCGAUUGAAAAUUAUGCUGCGUUUGUGUGGGUAUGACGAAGGGAGACAGUUGAUACUUGUACGGUCAGAAAAGAAAGGUUUUUCAUGGGCUUAUCUUGUAAGUUUGGCAGAAAAAUAAAUGUAGGUUGAUUUAAAUGAAUGAAAUUUAAAUAAAGAAAACAACAUGUCUAGUGAGUGGACUCAUAUUGAAAAGAGUUAGAUUUACAGACGGCUCAACAGGGUUGAAUAAGUUUUAUAUAUAUUUUAUUUAUGUGCAUAAUUUAGAUUGCAUAUUCGCACUUCUAAAGAGGGCUACUUUUAGUAUUAUUCAUAGAAUUGAAGGCCUUCAAAUCCGUUAAAUUGUACAAGCUGCAGAAGUAUUGAAUUAAUCUAUUGAUAUCAUAACUGAUGCAACUGAAGUCUAAAAAGGUAUGUUUUGUUAUGUGGUAUUCAUUCAAUAAGGGCCUUCAAUUUGGACUGUUUUCUACACACUCGGUGUUGUAGAUAAUGUUGAUGAAUCAAUACUUAAUCGCUUAUUUGACAUUGAUAAUUUACUUUGCGACAGUUAUGUUUUGUGAAAAUAUCAGUUACUCUUUAGAUUAACACACAGAUCGUUUGUCAUAACGUAACUCAUUAUUUUCCGUGCAAACGAAUUCAAUUUCAUUCAGAAUCCCACAGUUGUACGUAUGCUUCAUUGCGCUUGGAAUGAUCAUUGGAUGUACAAUAACAUAUCGUAACAAAAAAAACUUAAAUUGAUUUUAUAGUCUAAUACUUUCGCAUUUUUAAAACUUAAUUUUUUCCAAAUUCAACCACAGAGGAACGGAAAGCGUCUAAACAGCCUUAUCAAUGCAAAAUUGUCGAAUCUCAAUUGGUGUUCAUUUUCAAACCAUUUGAGAUAAAGACAUGAAACUUCAUGAGCAUAUUUGUUAUAUAAUUCUCUAUCUAUGUGCCAAGUUUCAGAAGUUUUCGUUGAUCAAAGGCCGAGACAGGAGAGUAUUCCCGAUAAUCCAGUCUUUUUAGGAUUAAACAAUCUACAUUCAUUUAUCAAAAGAGUUAUUACGUUUCUCAGUGACAGACCUUAUACAGGCGUAACUGUGUUUGGAGCCAUGUGAAUCUUAUUCACGUCGUUAAUCAUGGUAAUAUCACCUGUUAUAAAUGUAUCAUUAUUAUAUACAUUAAAUCACACUAUUUUCUAAUGUAAUACCAUAAAACGCACAUGAAUGCCAAUAUUUACUUAAUCAUUGCUUACAGCGCACUUUCGGAUGACUAAAAGUCUUAUUUUGUUGUAAAAUAAUUAUAUUUGUGUACAUUUGCAUCACUAAGCCAAAGUCGUUAUUUUCUUGUGUAUGUGAAAUGUAAUGAAAUAAAAUGUAUCAAAUUCGUUCUUGUGAA